UAGAAGGAUUGAUGUUGUAAUAAGUGGCAUAAUACCAAGCAUUGCUUUAUUUUUAGGUGUGCUGUCAGAAAUGUGGUGCACACAGGCAUUCGAGAUGUCAGCAAAUACUCUGUGGCAUAUGUCUAAUCUGCAAUGGUGGCAAUUUUAUGUUGCAGCCUCUACAAAGUCAAGAAAGUAAGCAGACAGAGGGAAGCACAAGAGUAACCCCAGAUGAUCAGGAUCAACAGGGAGGAGAAAAAAAAAACUAACAAAACAGCCAAAGUGAAGGGGAAAAAAGGCCAAUCAAAGGGUAAAAAACGCAAGGCAGGGGAAUCUUUGAAAAGGGAAAAAGAGCAAGACAUCAAGGGAGACAGCGAGCCACAAACUUUUGACAAGGGAAGUGAUGCAGCUUGUGAAAGCGAGGAAGUAGAGGCAAUUGACAGUGGAGUUUGUUCUCUGAAUAACCACAGAGAGGGCAUUAAAGUUUUUGGACGCUUAGCCCUCACUGGCCAGAGAAAGGCCCAAUAUGUUGUUACAAAUGAAGAAAUUCAGCGCAGAAUAGAAGGGGAGAACAUGUCCUCUAAUGUAUUCAGAGAUCUGCUAGGAGGACGCAAGAAAAAUUUACCUGAAAUAGUCCUCACCCUUCCCAAGAAAGUGAAAACUAAGACCAGCAUUUUUAGUGCACUAACAGAGGGGGAGGCUACAGACCUAGCCACUGGGCUAACCAAAAGCCUUUGUCAAAAUGUUAGUCCACAGUUGGUACGCAAGGACAUAAGUUACCAGGAUGCAGAAAUAACAAGGACAGCUCUUGCUGCUGUACGUGCUAACUUGCAAUCAAGCCUGAACAAUACUUCACCCUUCAGUUUGUUAACCCACACAUUUGGUCCACAAGCAGUUGAUGGUGUCUUGGGUUUCAUUAUAGAGAGUUUAAAAUGAAAUGUAGUAAGAGAAAAGUUUUACUAGCAGCAGCUUUCAGCCUUUUGUGAAUGUUCAUGUUUUGUUAAAUCAGUCAGUAGACUAUUGUUUUAAGUUUUACCUCUACUGAGUAUUUCUACUUUUCUAUAGUUAAUCUCUCUCUCUCUCUCUCUCGUUAAUUUUACAAAACCAGCCCAGUGUUAAGCUAAGUUUUACACCUAUGUAGUGUAAAGAAGUAAAUAAACAUGUUUUAUUGGAAAAUUUUCUUUAAACAGAAUCACUCAA